GUCGACUAGCAGGUUUCUGGGAUGUUCCCGGAUGAGAGAAGACUACUCAAGUCGUACAUGUCGUACAAAAUAACACUCGCACUGCCAUUGGCUGGGUGUAUGACGCAGCAUCGCGGAUUCUAUCGGCCCCAAGGUCCGGCAUGGCGACGACGAUGCAUGUAAAUAGCAGCCAGAAGCCCUUGUUGUUUGUACAAGGAAAUACCAUCUCUGAAACCAUUCAGCACAGCAUGACGUUUCCGGUUCUCGUCUUCGGCCCAGGUGGGUCAGUGGGCAAUGCUGCAGCCAUCGAGGCACACAAGCGCGGUGCUAAAGUCUACCUUGCGAUGCGGGACACGAGCAAGGAAGCCAACGGAAUCCAAGAGGGAGGAAAGGAAGAUGGCUAUGUCCGCGUCCAGGCCGAUCUCUCCCAGCCAGACACGAUCAAGCAUGCGGUUGAGAUAUCCAAAGCAGAGGCUGCUUUUGUCUACACCGUGCACGGUAUGCAGGACCACAUGCGAAGCGCGUUUGAGGCUCUCAAGGCAGCAGGCAUAUCGUAUAUCGUUCUUCUCUCCACAUUCCGCGUCAGAGAACCGCCGAGCUCAGAAGCCAACAUGCAGAACACGAUUGGCGCUAUCCACGCUAAGGCUGAGAUGGCGCUCCAAGGAACCGGCGUUCCCUACACGGCUGUGCGCCCGGCCUACUUCAACACCAACGUGCUCUGGGGCCUCGAGGGCAUAAAAAAGGGGCGGGUCGAGCUCAUCUACCCCAACGCGAGGUUCGACUAUCUCGCGCCCGCUGAUAUCGGGGCCGUGUGUGGCGCGCUACUCGCUGAGCCUCAGCUGCGUCUAGACGCCGGGCAGUCGAUAUACCUCUGCGGGCCAGACCUCAUGACUCAAAGCGAGGCGCAUAGCACCAUUGCGAGGACGCUAGGGCGCGAGAUUCAGAUUGUGGAAAUCGACGAGCAGACGUGGUUCUCCAGACUGCAGCACAUGCCGCGGCCGCUUCUAGAAGAUCUGGCGCAUGACCUGAAGGAAAACAGCGGGGGCAGGGAUUUGUAUGGCGGCAUCUACGAGCAGGCAGUGCGCAACGUGGCGACGUAUUCGGGACGCGAGGCGACAAGACUGGGCGCGUGGGUCGAGGCGAAUGCGGGCGUGUUCGCAUCGUAAGUCAGUGGGUGGCGUAAACUCUAAGUAUUAUUAUGACAUGGAGACGGGUAGGUGUAGUGGUAGUGGUAGUGGUAGUGUGUAGAUAUGUCAUGGCCCAGCGGCCCGGG